CUUACUGGUGACUCGUCACGUUCGUGCGCGAUUUCUAGAGUUUGGUUUCGUAACUAAUUGAUUUAAACAGGUUCAUCGCCAGUAUAUUCAAAUUUUCUUUCCCGCCCGCUGAACAGGACCAUAAGUAUGUCGUCGACGAGGACACACCAGUCUGGCAACUCGUCAUCUGCAACACCGCCUGUGAUUCCUCCUCUUGAUCUACGCCCAGCAUUUCCAGGACCCCUCCCCUCAGACACACUUUUGUCCCGGGAUAUCGUUGAUGAAGGGCUGGGUACCCCCGAUGAUGCUUCGACAAAACGCGAGAGCUUCGUCACAGCUCGGUCAGCUGCUGCAGUGCGGGAGAGCAGAUACUCUGCUAUGGUUUUAGAACCGGAUCAUGAACCUCUAGGUGAUCAAGAGCUCCCAUCAAGCCGAACUGCGGAGUCCUCUAAGAGUUCCCCCGAGUAUCAACAGGGAAUCCCUCAGCUGCCUCCAGCAACGCACACACCCUCUCCAGCAACACACACACCCUUACUUCCCCGUCCUUCAUCGCGAACCUCAACAUAUCCACCCUCAUACUCACUACCACAGCCCAAUGUAGAUCACCGGACUAAUCACGGUAGGAUCGAUACUCCAAGCCAGCGUGAUUCUGUCCGAUCGAUGUCAUCUUCGUUCAUCGACCGUCGCUUUGCAGAGUCAGAGCUAUAUUUUGGCUCGCACACGGAAUGCUCUAGCGCGCGCCAGGCCAACGAGAAAUGGGGCAAGCACACUGAGAAAUCCGACACCGCUCGGACGCUGUUCUGGCUUGGGUUUAUCGCGCCAUGGUGUUGGCUGAUCGGUGGAUGGCUGGUGAAGGCCAAGAGUAAUAAUAACUAUGGCCGGAGCGGGAGCAUGAUGCCCUUGUGGACGGGUAAGAACGCACAGACCGUUGAUUCAUUUAGGAUGCAGCCGUUGCACCAUGGCUAUCCCUUCGUGGCACCUUCGGUGCAGAGCUUAAUGCCGCCAUCGUAUUCGCGAGGGAUUCAUUCAACACAUCCUCGUGGCCCUUUUUUGAUAGCGAGGAGUCCGUGGAUUAGGAGGUGUAGGGUGGCUGCUGCUGUGAGUGGGAUUGUUAUCAUGCUGCUCUUCAUUGCUGCCCUGGUGGUAGUUGGGAGGAGCAGUUGAGUCGAAUUUUGGACAACUAAUUAUGGAGGGUCCGUAUCUGGGUAUUUUAUUCUAAAAUUAAAAUGAGCAAAGCGAUCUUUACCGUAUAGUAAGUACUACACGAUCAUUUCUCCAUUGCAAUUUCCAUCACUUUCCGAGGAUCAGAAUCGUAGAUCUGGUUCGGACGCUUUACGAACUGAGGGUAGAAAUCCGAGUACUUAGAAACGUGUGGCAGCAUGUUGUGGAAAAUGCUGAGCAUGACGAUAAUGCAGUCCUUGAGUCAACAAGCUUCAUGACGUCAAGGCCAGCCGCCAAGCCCGAAGUCCUGCGGUGUGGAGCUGUAUUUGAACUUAUGUAAGCAUCACACCUGCCAAUUGUCCUCGCUUAAGCCUCGUGGAAUGCAGACAACGAA